AUGGAAUGGGAGGCAGGAGAAGACCGUUCUCGGUCUCAGCAGCAGCAGCAGCAGCAAUCGCAGCCAGGGAACUCUGCUUUCAUGAAUAACUCUGCAAUGGGCGAUGCAGGAAAUGCUGGAACGAGUCAGUCUAGCACGUCAGCACCAAUACUGUCUUCAUCAUUUGGAAAUGCAAAUCGAGGAUCAUUUGUUGGAAGCCUGAUUGCAAGUAGAGGGACUACUCGAGGUGUAGCAAACUCUACUUUCAUGAGAGGACGUGGCGGAAUAUUAGGACGUGGAGCUUCCUCAUCUUCGCCUGCUGAUGGAAUCGCUAAGUCAACAUCACAUUUGACCCAGAGAGGUAGAGGACGCGCUACCUUCCAAAAUAGAACAUUACGGAAUCCUAGUAGCAGUGUACCAAAACCUAUACCAACCGAAGUGUUGACUGAAGCUCUUGGUCUAAUACCGAGUGACUCUGCAGUACCUACAUCUAGCUUCGGACAGCCUGUAAAACCUCAAGCUAGUGCGUUCGAUUGGCCGACACCCGGCGCAACUGUAAAUAAUGCACAUCCACGGCCAGGUGCUGGAAUAGGUCUUUCAAAAUUAUAUUCGCAGGCAGUUACAGGAAUCGUACCUCAGCAGAAUGCCGUACGUCCGGCUGCAACGACUCCUCGAACUCGUGUGUCAGUGAACACGAUUCGGCCUGAACCUCAUGUGCGACCUGUACGAAGAGCAUCUGCUCCAAGUCCGAGAGCAUCCUUGGGGGUCAUGCCAAUCAACUAUAAUUUAACGCCAGAGCAGAGGAAGGAACAAGCUGUAAUCAAGAUUGCGGAGCUCAAGGGUCAACGUGAAGCACUGAGAAAGGCUUACAUUCGAGCUGGAAAGAUUCAUGAUGAUACUGCCAAAGUGAAUCUAUCAGAUGCCGUUACUCUUAUCGGAGAAUGCGAAGAUUACUGUCCGGAAUACGAGAGAUUCGAAAGAGAGUCGCAGAGUGGAGAUGUAUUUCGAUUUGAACGAGUUCCUGGUACAGACAUCACAGACCAUUCGAGAAUGGUCAAGAGAUUCAAGAGAUCAGCAGCUGGUGAUGCUCAAGUGUUGCCAUGUGACGUGAGAACACCAGCAGCUCUUAUUCGUUCGUUGGAAUUCCUCAUCCAUGAUGUUAUCGCCGAAAAUGGUCUAGUUGGUCCAUAUUAUUUUUGCUGGGAUCGAACAAGAGCCAUUCGUAAUGAUUUUACUCUGCAGAGCUACAGUGGGCCUGAAGCAGUAGAAGCACAUGAGAAAAUUGCUCGGAUGCACAUCCUGUUUGCUCACGAGUGUCAUACUUCAGAUAUGUUUAGUUACAAGCAGGAAACUGAUGAGAUGAGAAAGACACUUCGGUCACUGCAUGACUUUUACAAUGAUCGUAAUGAAAUUGGGAUCGUAUCGCCGAACGAAGCCGAAUUCCGUGCCUAUUACAUCUUGGCCCACUUGUAUGAAAACGACAAGACGGCUAUUGAUCAUUUACCUCUGCCCAUUCUCGAAGCACCGAUAAUGAGACUGGCAAUAAAAAUCCAAGCAGCUGCUCAACGUGGUCUCGGCUUGUUUCGCAAGCAGAGCAAUUCAUCCGAAGGUGCUCAGCAUGCCUAUACUAGUAUCUUUAAAAUAUUAAGUGAACCAACAACUCCAGUACUCGUCGCAACUCUAGUAUGGCAAUUCUUUCCUGAAAUUCGGAGAGGUGCCUUGAAAGCCAUGCAAGAAGUCUUUUAUCCAGAACAUAUACAUGUAUUUGAUCUGGUCGAUUUAUUGGGAUAUGACGAUGAAGACGACGCUAUAAAGGAUUUAACGCUUCACAAGAUCCCUGUAGUUUUAGAUGAAUCUGGUAUAGCUAGAGCCGAGAUGGGAUUUAGGUUUGCUCAACGGCCGGGAUCUACGAAAAGGACUAGAAGCUCUGGUGCCUUUAGUGAAGAGGCCACAUUGCCAGCAAUCCCUCGACAAUCUCUGCGGAUUAUCAGACCCAUGAUCCAAUCAAUCGAUCUGGUUGAUCUCAUAGAAGGAUUGGAUCUUGAGGGUAACAGGCCAAUUAUCAGUGUGCCAACAAGGCCGACACCGUCAAUCAUAAAGAAUGAGCCUAUUGCUUCGCCCGUAUCACCCAGAUCUCCAGUAUCUGCUCCAGGUACAUUAUUCAAUAAGGCUACUGGAAUCAUGUCACUGGGCAUACCGACGACAUCACCUGUUAAAAAUAGUCUGGGUUUAGAUAAUCGAACGUCUUUCGGGCUACCAGGAAUGUCUGCUUUUACACAAUCGCAGCAACAAAUACAGCAGCCACAACAGCAAAUUCAAUCAGCGUUUGCAAGUAAUCGGCAGGUGCCAACAUCAGGAUUCUCGUUUCUAUCUGCUCCUAAUGCAAAUAAAGAAACGUCAGGUGCUUCUAUUACCGCUGCCAACGUGAAAUCACCUACAGUAUCAGGAUUCUCGUUUUUAAGCGAACCGGCAGCUUCCAAUCCUCCGGUGCCAGUAUCAAACCCAAUGGCGUCGCUGCCAUCGAACUUCUUUCAACCACCGUCCCUCACACAACAAACUCAGCCACCACCUGCACCAGUGAAAUGUAACAUACCCAGUAGUGUCAUCAACACGGUAUUCGAAGGCAUGAUGUCUGACUUUGCCAAGGAUAUUGCUAAUGAGACAGUAUCACAACAACGGAAUCACUUUAAUACUCAGUCUAAUGCUGCUUCGGCUAUAAUUCAGCAUCUCGUUGAUGAAGUAAUCCAGUCAGAAGCAACUACCGUGGUAAGCCAGGUUGUGAAUCAGUUAAAACAGGCCGCUCGUGUAGUAGAUGUCGUUGCCAGUCGAAUGAUUGAUUUGGUAGUACGUGAUGCUAUAUUGGAAGAGGUCGUUCCAUUAUAUAGAAACCUGCAAAUCCAACAAAGUGCUUUUACCUUUUGGGCGACACGAGCUCAACAACGGUGGGACGAGCAGGAACGAAUUGCUCGGGAUGAACGUCAACGGCUGCUUGAAGAACAAAAGAAGCAUGUUGACUUCAUGCUGAAUGCUGCUGCCACUAUACCGAAUGGUGUCAUGGGACCGAAUCCUCGUCGUAAAUCGGGUAAUAGCUUCUUAGCCUCGAAUGACGGUCAAGGUGUGAAUCAUGUAGCUCAAUCUGUCAUGGUAGCCAAACAAGCAGAGGAACGAGCAAUGCGUCCACUCCCGCUAUUGGAAUUGGUCUAUCUCGGUCGUCAUAAACGCACCAUUCCAGAUGCAUAUCCUCUCUCGGACGACGAUUUAUGGCUAGUGAAAUUCGUCGUGUCUAUGCCUGCUGCCAAAGUGGCUCAUCCUUUGGUGCAGCAUGAUAAAAGUGGCUGGUUUGCCAAUACCUUCUUAAGAUAUAAAUUGGGUGGCGGUAAAGAUAAGGCUCGAGGUCUAGAAUAUCUUCUUCGAGAUGAAGCUCUGAUUGGUGGUGAACAGGCCAUCAUGUUGGUGGUUGCUGUUGAUGAAUCACCGACACUACUAGAAACCCAAUUGGAUAAUUUUGAAUCGAAUCUAUCGGGAUCAAGUGCCGCCAUAUUCGUAAUGUCGCUACCUAGUGCAGGAUCGUCUCUCGAAUCAUAUUGGCAAGAAGAGAGAUCUCGUUUGCAUGCUUUCGCAUCUCAUCUUCCUCGUCGGACAUCGAUUCCGCUACUCUUGAUCCGAUGGGUAGAUUCUACUGUAGAGGAUCAGUUUUCUCUGGCUAGUGCUACACGAAAUCUUGGCUUAAACAAACUGCAAGAAUAUGGAAUUAUGCAACUUGAAGUCAUAUCGUUGAAUGCACCAAGUCUAUGGCGAUGGGAAUCGUUUCAGUUUGAUGAAUUGGAACAGGCUUUGGAGGAUGGUGUCAAGUGGUUGAGUGAACAUGCUUUUGUUGCUGGUGGAGUUCAGAGGCAUCUUGAGCAGCAAAUCAAACAGGAAACGGACAUAAGUUUUGAGAGUCGUUUACAUACAGUCGAACGUGAAAUGAAACUACCGCUGGCCACAUCAAUGAAUGCAAAUCUGGCUGCUGUCUCGAUUCUGACGCAGAUUCACAACCAUCGUAUAUUCUGCAUAGUAGGGCCACUCUAUGAGCCUACCAUUAAGCUUUUGGCAUGGCCGGCACUCGAAUUUGCUGAUGGUGUGAAUGCGCCACCUAUAGAUUGGAAUGCACCGCAUACUCUGGCUCGUUUAGAAGAGAGCAUGAAGCCAUUGUUUAUUCCUACGUUGGUCAUUCCAGAAAGUCAAAGGCAAGAUGGUAAUUUUGAAACAAUUCGCGAUAUGUACAUAGCUCUAGUUGAGGCAUUUGUACAGCAUCUGCCUGGGAAUUCGCUUCAUCUUGUCACGUCAGCUCGUAUUGUUUUUGAACGAUUCGAGUCUGAAGUCGGUCGGAGUCAAGGAAAACCGCUCCAAAUAGGAACCGUAUUUCAGAGCAUGAUGAAUGCAGCUCUCGAUUGUCUAGAUGGCCUACUAGACGCCCAUCCCGCUUUAACAUUUACGAAAUUCACACCAUUGGCCACUCGACUGUUUGAAACACACACUGAAUCCCUCAUGGCUACAUGGCAUCAGUCCAUACCUCUUAUAAAACCACCAGCUGCUAGUGCUGUAGUGAAUGGACAUCAGUAUGGACCUGCCAAACCCAUAGUAACGAGGAAGGGUGAUAGGAGUCCAGCACCCAUGUUUGCAACGCCAUCAUCAUCACGUAAACGUCGAGCAGAGGAAGGUGUUGUUGCAGAUGGGACGUCACCUUCCCUCAAACGUAUCGGUAGUAACAACAGUGAGGUUAAUGGAGCAGCAACAGCAGUAGCAGCAGUACCACAAGCAACAGCUUUAGAAGAAGCUGAUCGUUUAUUAGACGAGUUUAGGUCGCGACAGGCGACAUUUGAUAAUCGUCGACGUAGUGAUGGAUAUGAGGAUUUGCAGAAGAAGGGUUCUACGUCGCGACGAGCUAGUCGUGGAUGGAGAUAG